CCCGCGAAAGGCGGAAGUGUGCGCCGCGGGGCUGCCGCGAAGCUCGGCUGAGGUGUGCCUAGUUGGCAUCUGGCGGCUCUUCCGGGUUUGGGCGCCAGGACGCGGAGGCGGCCGGCGGGAGUGAGCGGAGGACGAUGCUAUGAGAAGGCCGCAGGGCCUGGCGGGGUCUGGAGGUUGACCGCCCCCGCCGCCUUCCCGCGAGGCCGCCUCCUCCAGGCAGCCGCCCGUCCCCCCUCCGGGCCUCGCGCCCCGCUGUCGUCCCGGCGCUUCGCACCCGGGCUCCCGGGCCCCAGACCCCGCGCCAUGACCGCGGCCGCCGCCUCCAACUGGGGGCUGAUCAUGAACAUAGUGAACAGCAUAGUAGGGGUCAGUGUCCUCACCAUGCCCUUCUGCUUCAAACAGUGUGGCAUCGUCCUGGGGGCCCUGCUCUUGGCUUUCUGCUCUUGGAUGACGCACCAAUCCUGCAUGUUCUUGGUGAAAUCCGCCAGCCUGAGCAAACGGAGGACCUACGCCGGCCUGGCGUUUCACGCCUACGGAAAAGCUGGGAAGAUGCUGGUGGAGACCAGCAUGAUCGGGCUGAUGCUGGGGACUUGCAUUGCCUUCUAUGUUGUCAUCGGCGACUUGGGGUCCACCUUCUUUGCUCGGCUGUUUGGGUUUCAGGUGACCGGCACCUUCCGCAUGCUCCUGCUCUUCGUGGUGUCCCUGUGCAUCGUGCUCCCGCUGAGCCUGCAGCGCAACAUGAUGGCCUCCAUCCAGUCCUUCAGUGCCAUGGCCCUGCUCUUCUACACCAUGUUCAUGUUCGUGAUUGUGCUGUCCUCGCUCAAUCACGGCCUCUUCGGGGGACAGUGGCUGCAGCAGGUCAGCUACGUCCGCUGGAAGGGCAUCUUCCGCUGCAUCCCCAUCUUUGGCAUGUCCUUUGCCUGCCAGUCCCAGGUUCUGCCCACCUACGACAGCCUGGACGAGCCGUCCGUGAAAACCAUGAGCUCCAUAUUCGCCUCCUCCCUCAACGUGGUCACCACCUUCUAUGUCAUGGUGGGGUUCUUUGGCUACGUGAGCUUCACUGACAAAAUCGCCGGCAACGUGCUGACGCACUUCCCAUCCAACCUGGUGACCCAGAUGAUCCAAGCAGGCUUCAUGAUGUCGGUGGCCGUGGGUUUCCCCAUGAUGAUCCUGCCUUGCAGGCAGGCCCUGAACACGCUGUUGUUCGAGCAGCAGCAAAAAGACGGGACCUUUGCGGCUGGAGGCUACAUGCCGCCCCUGCGGUUCAAAGCACUCACCCUCUCGGUCGUGUUUGGAACCAUGGUCGGUGGAAUCAUGAUCCCGAAUGUGGAGACGAUCCUGGGCCUCACGGGCGCCACCACGGGAAGCCUCAUCUGCUUCAUCUGCCCAGCUCUGAUCUACAAGAAAGUCCACAAGAACACGUUCCCCUCCCAGGUGGUGCUCUGGGUUGGCCUGGGCAUCCUGGUGGUCAGCACACACACCACGCUGUCCGUGAGUGAGGAGACUCCUGUGGACUUGGACUUGGCAAAGGGGGCCCCCGGCGGCCGGCCUGGAGAGGCUCAGGGCGAGAUGAAGGCGAAGGUGGCCCGGCCUCCAGGUACGCGGCUCUCAGGCCAGAAUCCAGUGGUGGGCGUGGCCGAGGACGACCGGGACAAGCCGAAGCGGCCGCAUGAGAAGGAGGAGAUGGAGCAGGCCCAGAUUAAGGGCCCCGUGGACGUCCCCCAGAGGGAAGACACCAAGGAGAGGCGGGAGGAGGUGCAGCUGGACCGUCCAGGCCAAGGUGUGGCGGUACCUAUGGGCGAGGCCCACCGCCAUGAACCCCCCGUCCCUCAUGACAAGGUGGUGGUGGACGAAGGUCAAGACCAAGAAGGACCAGAGGAGAACGAACGUUCGUCCAAACACGUGGAUGAAAAGGCUGAGGCGGGCAAGGGUCAGGUGGUGCCACCUCUGCCAGAUUCCGAGAGAGAGAGACCUGACCAGGACCAGGCCCUGGAGGCAGCGGGUGGUCUUCCUGAAGACCCUCAGAAGGUUCCGGAAGGAAAUGGGCAGCUGGCUGUGGAGCCCGCAGAUCUGGAGCCUGGCGAUAGGGGUCUGCGUCCAGGGCCCCAGGCAGUGCUCCCUGAGGGGCUGGACGCCCUGGGGGCAGGUGCAGGGGAGAGAGCAGCCGGUGUCCCGUUGCCAGGCCACGUGGGGGCCGUGGGCAAACCAGCGGAGAAGGAGCCUGGUGGGAAACCAGGCCCCGGGGCCGCGCAGCAGGCAGAGCCCAGAGGACUGAGGAACGUGGAGGGAGAGGGUGGAGACCGUGCCGGCAGCAAGCUGGAGGCUGAAAUCAAAAAGAUAGUAGCAGAGGCCGGCCGGGCGGAGAUGCUGGAGCAUGCCGUGCUGCUGCAGGUGAUCCAGGAGCAGCAGGAGCAGCAGAAGCGCCUCCUGGACCAACAGCAGAAGCUGCUGGCAGUGAUCGAGGAACAACAUAAGGAGAUGCACCAGCAGCGGCCAGCCGGCGAGGACGUGGACAUGCAGCCCGAGCCAGGGGUGGCCGCGCCCAGGAGUAAGGAGCAGGACACCCAUGAUGCGGGGACGGUGCCGCAUCCCCCCCUGCAGCCUCUGGAACCUGAGCUCGGAGCUCCCCGGCAGCCCCCCGUUCUGCCCCAGGGGCAUCGCCAGCACUCUCCAGAGGAGGCCGCAGGCGGGGCCCCAGCCGGUCCUCCCGGUGGUGUGGACCCGGAGCCCCGGGCAGCCCAGGCCGAGCCGAUGGAAGGCCGGCAGCGUGCUGUGCCCAAGGUGGCUGGCGUGCAGGAACGGGUCCCCGAGCCACACCUCGCUGGGGCACCUGCGAGUCCAGAGAAGCCUGAUGUUGGGGACUCCCCGGGGCAGAGUCAGGGCAAUAAUGGAGAAGGCUCCCACGAGCAGCAGAAAUCCAGAAAGGAGGUGGCAGGCGACCUGGGUGUGGGGGCAGACAAGUCCCAGGAAGUGAGCCCCGCCCGGGGUCCUGCAGGCCCGUCCAGCAGGUCGGGAGGGGCAGUCCCUCGGGCCCAGGUGGUGGCACAUCAGCGCGAACACCCAGCCGUCUCUGCUGGGGCGCAGGAAGGUCACCCAGAGGCGGGAAAGGAUGUCCUUGGUGGAGACCGCCUGGGUGGGGACCAUGUGCCUGCUCCCGGGCAGGACGCCGUUGUCCAAGAGCCUGAGCUCAGGCCCCAGCAGGCCGUCCCUGAGGCUCAGAAGCCGGACAAUGCCAAACCCAACCGAGACCUGAAAGUCCAGGCUGACUCUGAUCUCCGGAGGAGACGGCGGGACGUGGCUCCUCGUGCAGAUGGGGGGCCGGUCCCCGAUGAUGGGGUCAUUAUCAGCUUCCACCCUAUGCCUGGCAUGCAGGUCAACGACCUCCGCAGCGCCCUGGACACCCAGCUCCGCCAGGCCGCGGGAGGCGCUUUGCGAGUGGUCCAUGGCCGCCAGAUCAAACAGUUGCCCGGGGCCCAGGAGGAGGCCUGAGCGCGCCUGCAAGUGGCCACCAUGCUCCUGGGCAGCUUGUCUCACGCAGCAAUGCCCAGGCUGCCAGUCUGGAGUACAGAGGGCGCUGAAUUCCGGACGUGACACUCGAGUGGAAGUCUGGAAGUUCUCACUGCAAGUGUCUUCCAACGGUCUUUGCCGUCACAGAUGUGCCUCUGAACUGAGCAGGUGACUGAGCUCCUGUGCCGCCUGCUGAAACUCUAAGGAGAUGUGGCAUCGCUACGGGCUUGAGUUCUGUGACCGCCACCUCUGUGUUCUGAGACAGGUGGGUCCUGUGCAGCUGUGGGAACGGGAUUUGUGAGGGUAGGUGCCCCCACGCAACUCGUCCCAGCACGUGGGCCACCGAGAGCAGCCCCAGCCUCGGAUUCCCAGUUACUCCGAGUUGUAUUGAGAUAGCUCAUGCUCCGAGUGGCGCAGAAAACCUCAGUAAACACCCUGCCUUUA